AUGAAAACAUUCAUCAUUUUAGCAUUGCUUGUUGUAUAUGCUGUAGCAUAUCCAGCACCCGAUCAAGAAGCCAACACUCAAAAUGCUCUUCCUGAUGAGCCAAAAUCUGAUGGUGUAGAGGAACGAUUUGGAGGAUUUGGAGGACAUCAUGGUCAUCAUGGACAUCAUGGCAGAUACCCAGGAGGCUAUGGAGGUGGCUACCAAGGUGGAUAUAGACCAGGUUAUGGAGGAGGUGGAUAUGGAGGUGGAUAUCCAGGUGGUUAUGGUGGUGGUGGUUAUCCUGGUCAAGGUGGAUAUUAUGGUUAA